AGGGCCAACCGGGAGACCCAGACGCAGGCAGCGACCGAGCCGCCGCCGCUCCGCGCCCGCCCGCCCGCAGCAUCCCCCGAUGGCCGCCCGCCUGACCUGCUGCCUCCUGCUGUGGGCCCUGGGCCAUGGGGGCUGCAGCUCGCCCGCGGGGGAGGGCGCCGGCAGCCCGCCCGCCUGCCCCGUCCAGCCGCCGGCCGCCCGCCACUCGUCCGCCCCCGGGCGCGACCCCCGCGGCGGCUCUUCGCCGCCCCCUGCGCUGGGCAGCAUCGCUCAGGACAUGGUAGCUGUCCACAUGCUUAAGCUCUACGAGAAGUACAACCGGGAAGGGAGCCGGCCCGGCGACGGCAACACGGUCCGCAGCUUCAAAGCCAGGCCGGAAUUCUUGGCCCAGAAGCCCUUGUACUGCUUCAAUCUGACAUCUAUGCAGGAUUCAGAGAUGAUCCUUGCUGCCAGUUUUCACUUCUAUGUUGAUAAACGCCCUCGGCACCGGGAAGUGUUUUGUAAGCGGUCAAAGAACUCAUCCUGCCGCCUCCUUCACCUGCCUCCGGCCCUCCGGCUCAACCUCAUUUUCCAAAGCAUCCACCAGAAUUCUGCCUAUGGGCUAGUUAAAGGGAACAUCACUGUGCUGCUUCAAAGGCGAGGGGCUUGGCAUGUAACGGACAUUUCACACAUCGUAAAAGAAUCAAAAAGGGCUGGAGAGCUCAUUCUCUGUGCCGAGCUUGAUUCUGGGGAGAAACAUCAAGGCUUCCCUCAACAGGUCACCAGUCAUUUACCUUAUAUACUGGUUUAUGCCAAUGAUCUUGCAAUCUCUGAACCUAACAGUGUGGCAGGCACCCUACAGCGUUAUGAUCCAUUUCCUUCCAAUGAUGGGGACCCAAAUCUGUCCCCUAAUGCUUCUACUGAUACUCGAGUGAGGAGGGAUACGUACCUCACUAGCUCAAUUCAGAACAAUGAGUUGCCAGAAGUACAUUAUAACAACAAUAAAUACAACAAGCAUGACAUAUGGGAGAAUGCCUACAGAUCCUUGAAACCAAAAGCCUCACGCAAAGAUCGAAGGAGAAAAGGGCAAGAAAACACAGAAACAUUUACAAAGUCACAGGUGUUAAAUUUUGAUGAGAAAACAAUGAAGAAAGCAAGGCGAAAACAAUGGAAUGAGCCGAGGAUUUGUUCAAGAAGAUACAUGAAAGUUGACUUUGCUGAUAUUGGCUGGAAUGAAUGGAUCAUAUCUCCCAAAUCAUUUGAUGCCUACUACUGUGCAGGGGCAUGUGAAUUUCCUAUGCCCAAGAUUGUCCGGCCAUCAAAUCAUGCUACAAUUCAGAGCAUCGUAAAAGCAGUAGGAAUCAUUCCUGGCAUCCCAGAACCCUGCUGCGUUCCUGACAAAAUGAGCUCACUCAGUGUCCUGUUCUUAGAUGAGAACAAAAAUGUUGUUUUAAAGGUCUAUCCCAAUAUGUCAGUUGAAACUUGUGCCUGCCGAUAAAGUUCAUACAAACUCAUCUUUAGUGAGACCCACACAUCCUGCCUGACUGCACUGGGAAGUUGGAAAUGAGAAAUGAAUCCACUUGUGUUGGUGAACAUAUGCAAGUCUACAAUUCCUCUACAGAAAGCGUGCGGAGGGACUAAAGUGAUACAUGUGCUCACCUGGAAGGAUAUGUCACACUGCCAUCAUUUGUCCCUCAUAUUUAUCUUCCAGGAACUCAGUACUUUUACAGAUAUCUUCCUAACCCACCUAGCCAAGAUACCUGGUGUUUAGUGAGAAAAUUAAGUGUAAAGUUUUCCAUAAUUAAAGGACUAAAAUAUGUUUCUAUAUGCUAUUUUCUGACUAUUUUAUCUCUUCAGUUAACCAAGAAGAUGGGAAGUGAACUUGGAAAGGCAGGCUUCUUUUAGAAUAUCACUUUUGUACAAAAAUCAAAACUUUUUGCCUAAAACACUCAUACUUUCUCUGUGCAUAUUUAUACUGAAAAAUGCUGUAAUAAAGGGCUUAAAAUGUAUAUUUUCUUCAGAAUGCAAGUAUAGUUCAUAAUUUUUUAUAUAAACCAUAUGUUAACACAGCCAUUUUUGGUUACCCUUCCCUAAUAUAUGAUUCGUUCUACAAAAGACAUGUAAUAUCCCACAUUUUUGGUUUGCUGGAUAAUUUCAGGUUGUUAAACAUAUUAUCUGAGUAACACAUACAAUGUAGUAAUAUGUUGAAAUACUAAAAAUAAAAUAACCAAGAUUUAUAUUUUUGUAAAUUAUACUUUAUAUCCUCUAGAUUGUUACAUGCUUUUAACAAAAGCUAAUAAAUUAAAGGUACAGUAGUAUCUAAAAAUA